AUAUCAAAAUGUUUCAAAUUUUAAAACAAUAUUCUGUAAGCAUUGUUAUAACAAUGGCGUGUUUCAUUUUCGGUAUGGAUUGUACAGUGACUGAAAACGAAAGCCAAACCAAAACCAGACGAUUCCUUUUAGACCAGUUUUGUGGAGUGUGUACACGGAUAUGUCCGAAUGGUUACGUCUCAUCAACUUCUGGUUGUCUACUAUGUCAAUGCGCAUCCGUCACGGUUGAGCAAACAACGCAACAGGGUGUGAAGGUUACAUUUGUGAGUGGUGGGGUACUUCUGGAUAAGCCCUGCAACCCGGCCAUCCGCCAUUGUAGAAACCAGUGUACUAAUGGCUUUAAGCUGGGUACCAACGGUUGCCAGUAUUGCGCAUGCGCGGACAGUGCAAUCAACUCUACACUUUCCCCAAUGAAUACUACAGCUGCUGCUUUAACUACCCAAGGUCAGUCAACAGUUACCAACUUAGAUACUACGAGUUCAACCCUAUCGACAUCUUCAACAUCAACAACCACGGAUACCUUCACAACACAGAAACUAACAACUACUGCGAUAUUUCCAACAACUUCACAAACACCUUUUAUGACGUCAAAUGUGACGUCAUCAACUACCAUGACGAACGCGAACACUUCCAUUUCAACUACAAGUGAUAAAAAUAGUGCGUUUAACGAUCCAUGUAUACCGUCACAAAAAACCUGCGCACAAGGUUGCGAUGGAGAAUAUAUCAAAGGUCCUGGUGGAUGCCAGUAUUGUAUGUGUUUAUCCUUAGUGCCAGUCGAGCUCCGACCAACGACAACUACACAGGCACCCGUGGACGAGUUGUCUACCACAGUUCCCCAUUACCUUGAUAUGACCGACACAUCAGAGGCGUGCAUCAUGGCCAAAGUAAUAUGUAACGGAAAAUGUCAUCAGGGAUUUAUCAGCCAACCGGAAGACUGUCUUUACUGCGCAUGCAGAAAUGAUACCUUAGAACUGGCAGACGACCUAGACCAUUCCGUUCGAUUGGAAACACCAUGUGUAAACCAUAUCAACACUUGUCAACUGCAUUGCACUUCCGGUUACGUCAAGGGACCACGUGAUUGCAGUUUUUGCGCAUGCGCUCAACUAACUCAGUUGUAAACACAAACAUGUAAUUUCAAUAAUAUGUGUAUUGGUGUGUGUGUAUA